UCUGAAUAUAAUAAUCUGCAAUAUAAUUCUGCUCCGAUCACUUGCUUUUCUCUGUUUUCUUGCAAUGGAGCUGAUUCCCGGUCUUCCCAACGACUUAGCUUUUGAAUGUCUUAUUCGGAUUUCGUUUGAUCAGUUUCCCAAGGCUUCAUCUGUAUGUAGAGCAUGGAAAGCUGUGAUUAAGCAGCCGGAGUUCCUCCGGCGCCGGAAAGCUUCUGGUCUAACCCGACCUGUCAUUGCCAUCUGUCAGUCAAGGUUUAGUUUAAGCAGAUUGGAUACAGUGGGUUUCCGGCUCACGCUAUUCGACCCGGUGAAAAGGCGUUGGCAUGAUUUUCCGCCGAUACCGGAGGUGGUGGAAAGGAUGCCGGUGUUAUGUAGCGUGGUCGGUAUUGGGGCGGAGCUGGCGGUGAUAGGGGGGUGCGAUCCGGUGACACGGCGGUAUCUGAAUUCAGUUUUCAUCUACAACUUCUUCUCCGCCACGUGGAGGCGCGGCGCCGAUAUGCCAGGCGAGGACCGCCUGUUCUUCGGAUGUGCGGCGUCGGAGGAUGGCGGGACAGUGGUGGUCGCCGGCGGACGGAGCUCGACCACUACCUUAGCGCUGAAAUCAACGUUGGCGUACGACGUGGCAAGGGACACGUGGACGACGUUGAGCUGCGGAGGACUUGCAAGAGACAGUUCUGGAAAAUGGAUUGGAGGAUUCACUAGCAAUAUUGGCUCUUGUCCUCCACUUAUGGCGGAGGCUUGGGCAGCUCUAAGAGGCAUCCAACUCGCCAAAGCUCUUGAUCUCCAACAGGUUAUUUUGGAAAGCGACUCCAAGGCCAUUGUUGAUGGUAUCACUUCCAACUCUCUACCAAACUCCCUGGUACACAACCUUCUGGCCACCUGCAGACGCGAAUUGCAGGGUAUAAGAGAUUGGAGAAUUGCUUGGAUACCUCGUGAACAAAAUGCCACGGCGGAUGCUCUGGCGAAAUUAGCAGUCUCUCGUCCUCGUGGCAUCCACAUACUACCUAAUCCUCCAACAGAAAUCGUUCCUUACUUAGAAUACGAUUGCAGCUCUUUUUUCCUUUGGCGAUAUUUCGCAAUAUAA